AUGCUUCCUGGCCAAUCCACCACUACGUCCGGACACCGAGGAGGCUCACGUCGGUCUCAGGUGACUCUCAUUAGGGAUCACCAGGCUUGCAUCCCUCUUACGAGGAUACUCGGCGACGGCGACAUCGUCGUUCUUCUCACACCAGUUGUGGCACCUGCUCAACCAGAUGUUGGCGGCGGCAGCGACCCAUUCGAGCCUUUUGGCCGAGCCCUGGCCGCGAGACAUCCGUGGAUUCGACAUGUUCCGUACACAUCUCGGAACGGGAUGACAGGUACACAUGCUGGUUUCAUCAAGCGAGCUAAAGCUGUUGUCUUUGUCAUCUCCGGGCCGCCGAGCGCCGGCCAAUCCUCGCAAGUCGAGAUGGGUUUGAUGGCACGGAUGAUAGGAGAGCAACGACCUCAAAUUAUCGUGGCGUGCCAAAAUGUGCACGACCUUGGUCUCAUAGAAGCAAACUUUCCUACGAUUGUCCAACUGCCUGGGUAUACGUCGUCUGACUUGCAAUCUGCGGCUGCUGUUCUUUUUGGCGAGGUUACAGCUACAUCUACAGGUACCACCGGACUAGACGUUCAAUCAUUGAUGAUAGAGCCGAAAUUCUGGCCCCCGGAAAAUUGGGACGGUCUUAAUGUGGUACCCGUGCAUGAGCUCUGGAAUCAGUGCCUACCAGAUCAGUUUCACUUAGAGAAAUUCCCCCUACAAUCUUUGCUCCAACGGGAUGGCUACGCCAUGCAUUUCGUUGUGAGACUCCCCGAAAACCGCGAGGUCGUCGGGUUCUGUGCGACUUAUACUACAUUUGUGGAUAGAGAAGGCGAGAGGCUAAUUGGGUCACUUGCUAUGAUCAUCGUUAAGCCGGCGUAUCGGCGGCGGGGGAUCGGACUUAGUCUGUACGAUCAUGCCCUUAAGCAACUUAAGAGGAUCCGUGGAGUAGAUCGAAUUCAGUUGGGCUCUACGUUUCCCCGCCUAUUGAGCGGAAUACCUGCGGCAUCUGCGUCCGAAGGCUGGUUUCGAAGGAGGGGCUGGCAAAUGAACGGUCAGGCUCCAGGUCGUGGUCAAGAUAUAUGCGAUUGGAUCUUGAACAUCGAUGAUUGGCCCAGUAGCGGCCUCUCGGCAGCUUCCGCCGGACUAUCUUUCCGGCAAGGCACAUUCGACGAUUUUAACUUGAUUGCGGAUUUUAUAGAAAAGGAGUCCGCUCGCAAAGAUCAUACUGGCUGGUAUGACCAGUACAUGAAUCUGGCAAACGAUGGUCGCAUCAGCGAUAUUGUUCUGGGGUUGGAACAAUCCCAGAUUAUUGCCUCCGCGCUGAUAUAUACGCCAAACGAAGCUAGCUCAUUGGCACAAGACCUUCCUUGGGCGCGAACGAUUGGAUCUGACGUGGGGGGUGUAGCGUGCAUUUGCAUUGCAGAUGGGAAUCCUGCCAUGACGACUAGUAAGGACACAGCUAUGAUCAGGUUACUCGACGCUUGUGUUACCAUACUCAAGGAGCAAGGAAUGAGACGAGUUUUCCUCGAUGCGGUGAAGGGCGGUUAUGAAGGAUUUCAGUCCAUGGGUAAGCUCCAAGAUCCCAACUACGAUAGUCUCAACAUUAACGUCACCUUCUCAAAGGGUUUCAAAAAUGGGCGAUAUAUAAAGAUCUAUGGCAGCCAAUGA